UUGAGCAUAAUUUGUUUGUUUGUGUUGAGUGUGAGUGGUGAUGAGAAAUUGGGUUUGGUUGACCAGAGGUUUUUCCUUCUUCUUCUUUUUGAUGCUUUAUACCACUGUCUACCACCACCAAACAAAACCUUGAAACCUGCAGGUAAAUAAGUCUGGUGUGCUGGUAUGUGACUUGAUAAGGUCUACUACACACACACACAAAAGUGAUGUGUUUUGUUGUUGUUGUUUGGUGAUUAUCACGAAUCUUUUGGACUAAAAAAUUAUCGAUCGAUCGAUUCAAAGGUCAAUUCAUUUUCAUUGUUGGUGGUCUCGUUUUUUUUCGUUCGCUUUGUCGUCCAUAAAGCAUUCUUCUGAAUUUCUUUUUUGUUUCGUUUCACCAAGAAGAAAAGAAUCCACGAAAACAAAAACCCCAACCAUUUUUUCCUGAAUGAAACAAAAAUCAUCAAAAACAAUGGCUGUACAUACAUCAUCAUCAACACAUGGUGGAUCAUCAUCAUCAUCGACAGCAUCAACAUCUGGUUCAAAUGUUGGAUCCAUAACAACAACAGCCACUGCUACUGGACAAUCAAAACGUAAAGAAAUUUAUAAAUAUGUUGCACCAUGGACAAUUUAUGCAAUGAGUUGGUCAAUAAGACAUGAUAAACGUUUUCGUUUAGCAAUCGGUUCCUAUAUUGAAGAAUAUAAUAAUAAGGUACAAAUCGUUACAUUAGAUGAAUGUUCAUCCGAAUUUACAGCUAAAACAACAUUUGAUCAUCCAUAUCCAACAACAAAAAUUAUGUGGAUACCUGAUAUGAAAGGAAAUUUACCUGAUCUAUUAGCAACUAGUGGUGAUUAUCUUCGUAUUUGGCGUUUAUCACAAGAUAAUGAAUCAACAAUGGAAUGUUUACUUAAUAAUAACAAAAAUAGCGAUUUUUGUGCCCCGUUAACAUCGUUCGAUUGGAAUGAAGCCGACCCGAAUUUAAUUGGUACAUCAUCAAUCGAUACAACCUGUACAAUAUGGGGUCUAGAAACUGGUCAAGCUAUUGGUCGUACAAAUGUACUAUCGGGUCAGGUUAAAACACAGCUAAUUGCACAUGAUAAAGAAGUUUAUGAUAUUGCAUUUAGUGGUGCUGGUGGUGGUCGUGAUAUAUUUGCAUCGGUUGGUGCUGAUGGUUCUGUUCGUAUGUUUGAUCUUCGUCAUUUAGAACAUUCAACAAUCAUUUAUGAAGAUCCACAACAUUUACCAUUAUUACGUUUAGCAUGGAGUAAACAAAAUUCAUAUUUAUUAGCAACAUUUGCAUUAGAUUCAAAUGAAGUUAUUAUUAUUGAUAUACGUUCACCAUGUACACCUACUGCACGUUUGAAAAAUCAUCGUGGUUUUAUUGAUGGUAUUUCAUGGGCACCACAUUCAUCCAGUCAUAUUUGUACUGCAGGCGAUGAUCAUCAAGCAUUAAUAUGGGAUCUACAACAAUUACCACGUACAAUUGAAGAUCCAAUAUUAGCCUAUCAAGCUGAUGGUGAAAUUAAUCAAAUACAAUGGUCAUUAGCACAACCAGAUUGGAUUGCAAUCUGUUAUAAUUAUUGUUUAGAAAUACUUCGUGUUUAAUGAUCAACAAAAAUUAACCCCCUCCUUUUUUGUAAAUAUUUUUCCUUCCUUUUCGACCAAUGAUUAUCAAUUCUAUUUAACACUUUAUAUUCCUCUUUUAACAUCUUCUCGGUACAUAUUUUAUAUUCCUUAUAACUAGUCUGCAUUCUCUCUCUU